CAGGCAUCUUCAUCAACUCUGCCUUUACUCUCAAGCUUAAAUUAUAAUCUGCACAACUUGUUCUCUUAGUGUCGCAAACGCCGGCCAUGAAACCCAAUCAUCCUCCACUCCAACAGAUCUCCAAUUGCUUCAUUACACCUGAAAAUCUUCCCCCACAAUCAAAGCAGCCCUUCUAUUUGGGCCCUUCUGAUCUCACCGUGCUUUCCGUCCACUACAACCAGAAAGGCCUUCUCUUUCACAAACCUCCCCAGGCCUUCAACAAUGGAGAUCAUUUUAUGGUUUCCCUUCUUCAUCGCCUCAAAACCUCCCUCUCCACCACUCUCUUCCAUUUCUACCCACUUUCCGGCCGCCUUGCUACCACUACCAAUGGGGUUUAUGUCGACUGCGUUAACAGCCCCGGAGCCAAGUUCAUCCACGUCGUCCUUGAUAUCACAGUCUCCGACAUUCUCUCGCCGCUUCAUGUGCCUUCACUUGUUCAAUCUUUCUUCGACCUCAACAAAGCCGUCAACUACGAUGGCCACACUAUGCCUUUGCUAUCCAUUCAGGUAACUGAAUUAUUGGACGGUGUCUUUAUUGCCUGUUCUUUCAAUCAUUGUAUUGGCGAUGGAACUUCCUUUUGGAAUUUCUUCAAUAUGUGGUCUGAGAUUUUUCAAGCUCCAGUAUCUGAUGGACGUGGAAUUAUUUCAAUUUCACGGCCACCAAUUCUAGAGCGGUGGUUUCCUGACGGGUAUGGUCCAACUAUUAAUCUCCCCUUCACCGACCCGGAUCAAUUUAUUAGCCGAUUCGAAGCACCCGAGUUGAGGAAGAGAAUUUUCCACUUCUCAGCAGAAUCGGUUGCAGAUCUGAAAGCAAAAGCCAAUGUAGAGUGCGACACGAAACAAAUCUCCUCCUUUCAAUCGUUGAGCGCACUUGUAUGGCGAGCCAUAACACGAGCUCGUUGCAUACCGCAGGAUCAAAGCACCAGUUUCAGCGUGUCCGCAAAUUACAGGGGAAGACUAAAACCAGCGUUGCCUGACGAUUACUUAGGCAACAUGAUUACAUCAGUGAAAGCGGAUGCAAAAGCAGGGGAAUUGGUUGAAAGAGGGUUGGGUUGGGGUGCGUGGAAAUUGCACGAAAGUGUGAUGAACAAAACAAAUGAAAAGAUAAGAGAAUCACUUGAGGAGUGGAUUCAGUGUCCUCAUACUUAUCAAUUGAGUUCUGCUUCGAAUCCAUACAACGUCAAGAUGGGGAGCUCGCCCAGAUUCAAUAUGUAUGAGACUGAAUUUGGAAUGGGGAAAGCCGUGGGAGUUCGAAGUGGAUAUGGGAACACGUUCGACGGCAAGGUUAUUAGUUAUCCAGGAUAUGAAGGAGGAGGAAGUGUAGAUUUAGAAAUCUGUUUGCUCCCACAAAAUAUGGCAAAUCUCGAGUCUGAUAUGGAGUUCAUGAAUGCUAUCUCUCCUCCGCGGCACUUGGAUUGUUAAUCAUGAUCUAACAACAAAAUAAGCAAUCAACAUUGCAACGAUAUCCAAAAGUUGGGGGCAAUGUAUGGUAUUUUCUUUUCUUUCAUGGGUAUUUAAUAUUAAAUGUAUGCAAUACUCUUCUAUAACUCUUCUAUAACUUUCCACCCUGAUCAUUGAAAUGUUUUAAUUAUUUUAUUUAAUGCAUUUUCAAAUUCAGUCU